CAAUUGUUUGUCUAUGAUGAUGAACACGUAGUGCAAACGCAGUGACUCACUUUUUAAAAAUUAUGAGCUCUUCCUCUUCUUCUUCUUCAUCGACUACCUCACAAUAUUUUACUGCAACUUCUAGACUUGAAAUGUUUGAAAAAAAUUCAUUUGAAUUAGCCCCACUGAUGAAAAAAGAAUCAAUAGUAACGAUUGGUUCUUCUACGGUUUUACCAGAACAACCGGAUACCAAAACCCGCAUUAUCGAAAUUAUUGGAAUUUAUGAAACCAGAUUCAAAGUCUUCACAGCUUUGAGUAUGGAAAAACAUGAAGAUAUUUACAACAAGGCAUUGGAUAUUUUAUUGUUAGAACUAAAUAUUGAUAUACAAACCUUAUUUCUCAAAGACUAUUACGCGUUUUCAAUGAUCUUGGCAGCAUUUUACGGGAGAAAAUUUGCACUCGACAUUCCAAUAAUUAAAGAUGAACGGGAGCAAUUCGUGGAAAAAGACUAUUUAUCGGGGUGCAGUCAACCUUUACAUACCCUCAUGGUCAUGUGUUUUGCUGCUUAUUCAAUGAGGAACACUCAGGAAAAGUAUGAUUUUGGGCAGUCGUUGAAGCAGGAGACAUAUGAAGCCCUGAAAGAACAACUUGAAAAACUGGCUUGCAAAAUAGUGAACAAUUUGUACUUAAGUGAGCCAGAUGGUCCAUUUCAAGUACGAAAAGUGCUCCUGGCAGACUGCAAAUUAACAAAUUUGACUAAUCCAGAAAUUGGUCCUUAUGAAGAUUAUCUGGAUCAGAAAUUCAAUAAAAGCAGGGAGAUUAUGGCAAUUGCGUAUAAGGCUAAAGCUAUGGAAUUUCUGUCACAAAGACCUUGUCUGAACCUGAUGAGGAUCCGGAAUGAGAGCAGAAACCAGCACAAGCUAUGGGUACACGGAAUGUUCCGUGGAAUCUAUAUUGCCAUGUUUGCCUACAUGCUUUGCGCAUUUCCCAAUUAUGGAACCUACGGAAUGCCGACCAAUAAGUCUGGAAUAACGAAAAGAAGUCUGAAGGAGUGGAUACCUUUUUAUGUGCUCGCCGUGCUCACGGCUCAAGUCAUCAUGGCUUUUAUCAAGGCCAAGGAUUUUAAGAACUACGACGAUUUCAAAAUAUCAAAACUGCGACAAAUCAAGAAUUCCAGCAGCUGUUCCAGAUUUUUUUCAAUUUUCGGAAAAAAUCGUCUAAUAACCGAUCGGAGUGAUUCGCCACUUCGAAGAUACUUCCAGAAUAAUCAAUUGGCUUUUUGGAGAAUUGUUCUAGUUGUCCCGCUUCUGACUCUGGAAGCUGCGAGGCUUCUUAUAUUUGCGUUUGUUAUCGAGAAAAAGAAAUCGUCGGACAAGAAUUUUUGGUCAGGAGCUUGGGUCCUGAUACCGAUCACGUUGGAGCUUCUGUAUUGUGCGCUUUUUGCAAUUGCCACUGUUUCUACUCUGAGAUUUUUCCAUUCUAUUCAGUCACUUGGAUUCUUUAUUCAUCUUUUUAAGAAAAUGAUGAAAACUGUCGGAAUGUUCAUUUUGAUAUUCUGCACUUUCUGGUUUGUACUUGCAGUUAUCCAUGUCAGUAUUUCAAGAACCCUGCUAGCCACCAGCAACUCCUUCCUCUACACCGUCACGUUUCAAGGAAAAUUCGAAAUUUUCGGCGAGGUCCAAGAUGAGGAUCGAAUUGGAAUUCUGCUGAAUUGCAGUGAAUAUAACAAAACUGUCAUGGAAUUCUUUGAUAUGGAGUACGCUGAAGCAAGUUGCCUAUUCAGGAGUACUAUCAUGCCAUUUGUAGUUUUCACCUACAUUUUUGUCACCGGGAUUUUGCUUGUCAAUUUGCUGACAGCUCAGUUAACGAAGGAGUACGAGAACGAGUCAAAGAACAGUGCCUACUACAAAGGAUACCUCAAAUAUGAGCAAUUGACAAAAAUAGAGUCAAAACUCUACCUGCCACCGCCUUUCUCGCUGUUUUAUGUGGUGCUACGUUUUUGGUAUUCUUGCUUUUUCAAGUAUAUUGUGAUUUUUACCACUUGGCUCACCUCGGGAUGCUGCAAAUGCUCAUCUACAGCAAUUUCCAGCCUAUACUGGAGAAAUAUAGUGAGAAUCGUCGAGGGGUACCCGUGGGGAGCGGUCAGGCAAACCGAUAACGAGAUUGACACGAAAGUCGCGGAGUUUUUAAGGAAACGACCGGAUAAUGCGUUGGAAAAGCUGAAGGAUCUAGUGAAUAACUAUGAUAAAGAUGUGGAUGAUGAGGAGGCACUAAAGAAGCUGGGGAAAGAGAUCAAGAAGUUUUUGGCAAAGGAAAUCGGAGAGGAACGGGAGAGGGCUCAGUCGAAUUUGGAAAAUCAUCCAAGAUCGGGAUCAGUAUUAGAUCCGAAAAAAAAGCAUAGACUAUCAAGAACUUUUGCGUUUGUUCCGGUUGGAAGCAGUGCUGUUUCACUUGAUCAGGAAGGUUCAACUGCGCCAUCACUAGAUGAAGAUCCGACCGCUGAAGGAGACAUUCCAAAAUAUUACUGAAUGUUUUAAGAGAUAAUUCCAAUUUAAUUCCAUUUUUCAUUGCAAGUAUUUUUUUUUGAAAAGUACCCCAAAUUGUUCUCAGUGCCUCGACGUUUGCCCUUCCAUUAUGCGACUCCCUUGCGAUCUUGUGAACUUGCAUUGUAUUUGACGAUGUUUGAAUUCUUAUACAAAUAAAUUUUCAAAAUGAAUG